AUCAUAUAAAAUUAAACUGUAUUCAACAUAUAGUAAUUUGAAAGCUUCAAUAAUUGAAAGAUUUAACCGAACACUUAAAAAUAUGAUGUGGCCGCAGUUCAAUUUAAGAGGAAAUUAUAAAUGGGAAGAUAUAUUACCAUCUCUAAUUUCAAAGUAUAACAACCAGAAACAUCGAACUAUUGGUAUGAAACCCAAGGAUGUCAGGAAACAAGAUGAAAAAGAAUUAUUGAAACGUAUCUCAAAACAGAGGAAAAUUUUAACUAAAAGAGCAAAAUUCAAAGUUGGCGAUAGAGUUCGAAUAAGCAAGAAUAAACAUAUUUUUGAAAAAGGAUAUACACCAAACUGGACAACUGAAAUAUUUACCAUCUCUCAAGUUAAAUCAACAAAACCAGUAACAUAUAAGUUGAAAGAUUAUCAGGAUCAACCCAUCGAAGGUGGUUUCUACGAAGAAGAAAUUUCUAAAGUGAAAUAUUCAGAUAUAUAUCUCAUAGAAAAAGUUCUCAAGAAUCGUCGUGAUGAAGUCUUUGUAAAAUGGUUACAACUUGAUUUUGAAGGGUGA